CUACGCCAUAAUUUAUGCACCUCCCAACCGAAAAACGUGUUCCCCUCUUCCCUCAUUACUCCCUCUCUUUCUCUCUUUCUCUCUCUCACACACACAAACACACACACACACACUCUUUCUCUCUACUGUGUGCUGUUUGUUGCGACUAUUUUACCUACUCUUGACCGAUCGAUGACUCUUAAAUUUCAUUCAUGUUUAUGAAAUUCGAGACGAAGAAGUAGUAUUCCACAGGAUAUAUGGGAUGAGUCGCAGUUGAACUAGACGCGUAGAACACCAGUGCUUUGGUGAAGAGCAAAAAUGGCUGUAGCUGGAAUGAAUAGCGUUGCAGUUCUCGAAUCUUCUUAUCUUGGAGAGAAUUAUCCUCCAAUAUCAAGAAGACGUGGUAAUCAAGAGAGACCAAUCACCCGAACAUCAUUUAUCAGAAAAAUGUGGCGUGAUCUUGAAGGUGAAACCAGAUUCAAGGAGAUUGAAAGGCAACAAUCAAUCCGUAACACAGGAAGCAGCCAAUGCUCAUGUUCAUCAUUAGGUGCAGAAAGUGAAGAAAAUGUAUCAAUAACCACUAGUGAAGUUGAAAAUGAGUGGCCUCGAGACCAUAACCAAAUGGAACUUCAAAAUGUCCAACGCUCUCCUGCUCUUUGUCUUGCUGACAAACAACGUGUGAGGCAAAUUUUCCGUGAAUGGGGAAGCAAAAACAGUAGCAACCAUGGCCACCAUGGACACACUUCAUAUAAGAACAACAACUGUUCUAGGGUUCAAGGGGGUUGUGAAAAUGAAUGCAAAAGGGUGAGAUCAGUGAGGCAAUGGAUUGAGUCAAAUUCAAACACUACUCGUGAAGCAGAAACUAGUGGUUCUAUUCGUAGGUUAUAUGGUAGACAAGCUCUUCUUGACUUACUAACAAGGUUUCAGAUGGAAAGGAAACAAGAAAUCCAGAGUUUAUUGGAGAAUCGACCUGUUUCUACCUUCAAUCAUCGGAAUCGGAUUCAGUCAUUGCUGAGAGGUAGAUUCUUAUGGAACCAAAGAUUUAUCCAAGAAGAGAAGUCUACUUCAAAUGCAGCAAACGAAUUGGGGUUACUGAGACAAACACAAACACAAAAAGUAUCUGAUAUAAGGAAAGGGAUCUUAUCAAGAUUGGGUAAACGUCAUGAUGAGCCCCAGUAUGAUACCUCAUCUGACAAUAGCAUGGACGAUCAGGAUCAUCCAGAUGAAAUCGUUAACCAAACUGACACCGUUAACACGAUAACCGACGUUAGUCAAUCUGACAACGUUGACUUUGAAACAAACGCAGAUGAAAAUCCCGAAGAACAGAAUGAACAAGUUGUGGAACACGAAGAAAACCAUGAAUUAGCGCUGAUUGAGUUCAUUGAAACCAGAAGCCAAGAACCAAAUGUAGAAGACGAUGGUAGUGAAUGGCGUAAUUUGACUGAUUUAGAGUCAAACGAGGGUUUAGAGGAUUCAAACUCGAUCCAGAAUGAAGAUGAAUGGUACGACAACGUUUUGGAAAACACAAAUACUAGAGAAAAUUGGUAUCUGGAAGCUUCGGAUGAUGAUGAUAACAACAACAGGCCAGAGCUUCGAGAACUUGUGAGAAGGAGAAGAGUCUCGAAUCUUCUAGAAAGUGAUUUCCGUGAAAGACUGGAUCGAUUAAUACAACAACGUCUGGAACAAGAAGUUCAGGGUUCUGAAUCGGAUAAUGACGACUGGAUGAUAGAAAGAGAAAAUCAUGAGAGUGAAGAAGAUGAAAAUAAUAACGAAAAUGCCACUGAGGUUGUUGAAGUUCAAACACAACGAAAUGAUUGCCAGAUCAUUGAUGAGUUACGUGUUGACAUGGCUAUUCUUCAAGAACGGAUGAACAGUAUGCAAAAGACGUUGGAGACUUGCAUGAAUAUGCAACUUGAGUUGCAAAGAUCUGUGAAACAGGAGGUUUCUUCAGCUUUGAAUCGAAGUGAAGAAGGGGAAAAGGGUUGCUUUAUAUGUUGUGAUAAUGGUGGUUUUGGUUCGACAUCCGAUAGGUGUGGUGGACACGUGUACGUAUGCUCUAAGUGUGCAGGGAAGAUUGACUGGUCAAAGGUGAAGGAAAGUGUAAAGCACCCGUAAAGCUGAGGUGUGGUGGUGAACAUACUUUUUACUAUACAAAAAAUUAACAACGUAAAAAAUGAGAAUUAGGAUUUGGAAUAACGAGGUGAUGAGAUAUACUGAUAUACAUAGCGAACGAGUUUUGGUUUGUUCGUGUAUGUUUUGUGGUUUAUGACUAUGUUGUGAAUUGAGGCUUUGUGGUUAAAACUGGUUGUUUUUGUUGAAUGUGAUGAAUGAUGAUAUCGAUAUAGCCUUGAAGAAGCUUUUUCUCUCA